UAUUCCUCCAAAUCACCCAUAUAUAUAAAUUUCCCUUUUUCCGGCUCAACCUGUCAAACAACUGAUCUCAAUCUCUCCGACCUCUCUGUUACUCUUCUUCCUGAAGCAUUCUGGCAGUUGGGCUGCAUAUUAUUAGCAAUUAGCAAAAGUGGAGGGUGUAAAUUUUGAAACGCCUUUUAUGUCUGAACGGACCUCUCUAUUUCUCUCGUCUAUUGGGCUAUUUGGAGAGUAUUGUCCUACGUCGAGAAUAAAGGAUAGAAAUCUCUUGCAAAAGGUUGGCUGCAUGCAUCUUGAGCUCUUGCAGGGACAUAGUUCUGACUGUGAGUAUUGCCAGUUUAUACUGCCUGCCCCGUCUUUAAAUCCUUUUUGAUAUUUUGAUCAAUCUGACAAGAUCGAUCUGAGCUUAUCUUCUUGAGAACGAAAUGGAUUUGCAAAACAUUGGUGCUGGGAACAAAGAUGAUGCCUUCUAUAGGUAUAAGAUGCCCAGAAUGAUUACGAAGAUUGAAGGGCGUGGGAAUGGCAUCAAGACCAAUGUGGUGAACAUGGUAGACAUUGCAAAGGCCUUGAGCAGACCAGCGUCUUAUACUACCAAAUUUUUCGGUUGUGAGCUUGGCGCCCAAUCCAAAUUCGACGAGAAGACGGGGACGUCUCAUGUCAAUGGGGCCCACGACACUGCAAAACUCGCCUCGCUCCUCGAAAUCUUCAUCAAGAAGUAUGUGCAGUGUUAUGGUUGUGGAAAUCCCGAAACUGAGAUUUUAUUCACCAAGUCGCAAAUGAUCCAACUCAAGUGCGCCGCCUGUGGGUUUAUCUCGGAUGUUGACAUGAGGGACAAGCUCACGACUUUUAUUCUUAAGAACCCUCCCGAACAAAAGAAGGGAUCCAAGGACAAGAAGGCGAUGAGGAGGGCCGAGAAAGAAAGGCUUAAGGAAGGAGAAAUGGCAGAUGAGGAACGGAAGAAACAUAAGAAAGAGGCCACUGCAAAGAAGAAGGGCUCCUCUAACAAUUUAAAGAACGGUGCUUCGAAGAUAUCAAAGAAGAAAGCCAAUGUCUCCGAUGAAGAGCGCUCGCCAUCUGGUAGCCAAGCAGAUGAAAAUGAACCCGAAGCUGAGAAUGGCAGUGAUGACGAUGUACAGUGGCAGACCGAUACUUCCAUGGCGGCUGCUCAACAAAGGAUCGAGGAGCAGCUUAAUUCCGUUACUGCUGGCAUGGUAAUGCUUUCGACUAGUGAAGAGAAACCCAAGUCUGAAAUCAAAGAGAGGCCCGAGUCGAAUGGGUACGAAUCUAACAACUCUCGUGAUACUCUGGUCAAUGAAAUCAAAGAAGGCUUGAAGAGGAGCUCAUCAUCUGGUCAGGUUAAAUCUUUAUUGGGCUCUCUUUCUGGGUCUAACGACGAGAUUUUUGAUGCUUUCUUCGAAGCUCUCUUUGAUGGAGUCGGAAAAGGUUUCUCCAAGGAGGUGAUUAAGAAGAAGAAUUACCUCGCUGCUCUCACACACGAAGAAGAGGGUACACAGCCAUCUUUGCUUCACGCCAUCGAGUCAUUCUGUGGUAGAGCCAGCCCCGAAGCUGUUAAGGAGGUGGCUUUGGUUCUCAAAGCUCUUUACGACAAUGAUAUACUGGAAGAAGAGUUUAUUCUCGAGUGGUACAAGAAGGGAUCGAACAGUCACAAUACAGGCUCCCAAAUUUGGAAAAACGUCAAGCCAUUUGUGGAAUGGCUGCAGAGUGCUGAAUCUGAAACCGAGUAACGGGUUUCACUUUCCCUUCCCUAUUAGCUAUCUAUAUACUUCAAUGCUGGUUUGCUUAUGCAUUUACUUGUCUGCGUGUUGUCAAUAUGAAUAAUGCUGUCCGGAUAUAUUUCAGUUUGUUCUACAAACCGGAAAGCCAUCGUUUGUGUUUCAUGGUUAAACUUAACAGUGUUGUAAGCUUGUGUUAUUGGAGUCUGGAAGUUUGUUUCUCCUGA